UGUCUUGUUUAUAAAAGGCCCUACGUUUCGACCUCAAGCAUCAAUAUCGGCCAGAAAUAGGUCGAAUCAGAAACAAAAGCACAUUUGCGCACCAUGGCCGUCAUCCAAAGAGUCGCUAUUUUCGGUGUAAGACCGACUGUCUAGCGUUCAAUAUGACGGGAAACACCCCUACUGACCUCCCUACCGGCCUCUGGCAACUUUGGCACCCCGAUCACAGCAGCCCUACAACGUGCGGGCUUCACAGUAACGAUCAUCACCAGGACCGAAUCGAAAGCGACGUUUCAUCCCGAUAUUCCAGUAAUCAGAACGACUUACACCCUGGAGAACCUCACAUCAGCCCUAGCAGGACAGGAUGCAGCCGUCUGCGUGGUCGGUCCCGGCGGUAUCGGGGCACAAACCACCAUGAUCAAUGCGGCCGAGGCUGCGGGCGUGAAGCGCUUCAUCCUGGAUGAUUUUGGCUGGGGUGGCAAUCCCAAGUCUUUGCCUGAGUUCGCCGCCAUUCAUGCGCAACGUCGUGCGGGAUGGGAUCAUGCGAAAGCGAAAGCAGAGAGGAAUCCCAAUUUUACAUACACCGGAAUCAGCAUUGGGAAUCCAAUUGAUUGGGCCUUGAAACGCUUCCCCGCGAUGGGCUUCGAUAUAAGGCACUGCUCGGCCGUCAUCUACGACUCUGGCACCGAACGGUUCACCGGAACCACGCUCGAGGGUAUCGGUCAGUCGGUAGUCGGCGUCUUGCAGCAUCCAGACGAGACAGCCAACCGCUUUGUCAAGGCGCAGUCCAUCAUAACCUGUCAAAACGAGCUGUUGGAAGCGUUUCAAUCUGUGACGGGGAAACAGUGGGAGGCACAACGAGCGUCCACGCAAACGCUCAUGGGGAAUGGGAAACGCAAAUUCCAGGAGGGUGCUAGUGGUUGGAUUCUGGACCUGGUGGUGGCACAAUUGUUCGAUGAGGGUCAAUCUCGAUGUCUUCUUGCUCGGUCGCGAGAGGAAUCAGACGCGGAUUUAUUGGGAAUUGCAGAGGAGAGUCCGGAGCAAGUGGCGGCCAAGGCUCUGGCUUAGCAGUAGUGUACUACGAGAUUGAAAUUCACCGGCCAGUAUGAUGUUGGCUUGAAAGCGCCAUCACUACGUUUAUUAGUUUAGGAGCCUGAAUCAAGUCCUACGUUGAGCCGAGUCAUGUUGGCGUUGCGACUGUUCCCACCAAUAUCACUGCUUACGCUGAUAUCGGAAGCUCUGGGAGAUCAGCUAAGCAUCAUUUGUAAGGUUAACAAUCGAGGAUACUUUCCGAA